AUAACCCCCUGGCCUUUGGUGUCAUGCAGCUGUUUAUGUGACCUUGAGGACGUCCGUAUGUCACAAUGGACAGUGAGUUAUUCCUUCACACUAAGCGUUAGCAGAUGCCAGGCUAGCCCAUGGGGCUACCAGAUGAAUGAGACCCAGCCCUGCAGAUUCGUAAACAAGAUGGCCACAUAAACAUAACUGUAAAGCAAGUGAUUGCCGAGCAGAACGGUGUCCCUCUCCUCUGGUUUCUGUCUUUGGGAAUCUGGCUCCUUUUUGGGAUUCCAUCCUGUAGGUCAAGUGCUGCCGCCCUCACCAAGCAAACCGGAAACAAGCAGAGAUCUUCCCUGGAGGCUACACCAGGAAGUUGGGAAUAAAAUCCCAGCACAAUGCUCCCCACCGGGGCCACCGAUGCAACUGAAGAUGAGGCGGCGGACAAGCCUCCCAGGUGUUCACUGCCAGAAUUUUAUGCAUUUCUUGAGAAUUUUAAUAAGGAGAGCAAGAAAUCGAGUCUCCGAAAAACUCACGGUAUUUCACCUAGUGAGGCACAGGAAAUGCUUAGUCAAAACCUCAAUGCCAUGUCAUUCACCAGUGGAGCUGAUGUGAGGGAUGAAGACCCUCGGCCCAUUUUCACAUGCAAGGUGGUUAGGAAAGAAAAGGAGCAACCAGAAUCGAUGACCGAACUGCUGUACCGAAGCUUGUUGACCAGCUCAACCUCUCCGGGGAAGGGACUCUCCAGAUCCCAACAGAGGCUCUUGCGGAGUGGAAUUCCUCCCCCUGCACACACUUUUCCUCAUGAGAUUCUCAUCGAUCACUCCAGCUCCUCGUCACUGUUCCCCACGCAGAAGACUCAGAGAAUUAACAUAUUACACGGGCUGGGCAUUUCCAGGAUCAUGCCAGAAAAUUUCACCUUUGAGCACAGAAUUGCUAAGUACUUCUUAGUUGAUCCAGAAAAACAAUUCAUGGAUCUAAGGGAUCUGGAGUGGAGGUAUUACAAGGGGAUCGUGAAGUUCAAGCACGGUACUUCAGAUUCAUUCAUAAAUAUAAAAUACAACAGUGAGAAGAGAUUUGUGGAGAGCCAGCAGAUGCCUGGUGUUAUUUCCCCCCCUCUAGUUUAUAGGUCUUUAGUCAUUUAUCCUCAGGUUGAUUAUCCAAAAAGUACAACUUCCUCUUAAAUAAAACCUGUAGCUUCUUAAAAUA